UGAAGCCAGCAGGGAAGUUCUUUUAUUCCCAAUAGAGUUCAGGGAAUCUGGGCUAUUCAGGAGACAACUUGGGGGAACAAAUUAAAAAAGAGGUUUAGAGGAAAUUGAGUUGGACUCCUGCCUGAUCCCCCAUGGUGGUAGGAUGAAUGUGGGGGUGGCACACAGCAAAAUAAACCCCAACACUCAAGUGAUGAAUAGCCAGGGCAUCUGGCUGGCCUACAUCAUCUUGGUAGGACUGCUGCAUGUGGUUCUACUCAGCAUCCCCUUCUUCAGCAUUCUUGUUGUCUGGACCCUGACCAACAUCAUCCAUAACUUGGCUAUGUAUGUCUUCUUACAUACGGUGAAAGGGACACCCUUUGAGACCCCUGACCAAGGAAAGGCUCGGCUACUGACACACUGGGAACAGAUGGACUACGGGCUCCAAUUUACCUCUUCCCGCAAAUUCCUCAGCAUCUCUCCUAUCAUACUCUACCUCCUGGCCAGCUUCUACACCAAAUCUGAUGCUGCUCACUUCCUCAUCAACACAGCCUCAUUGCUCAGCGAACUGCUGCCUAGGUUACCCCAAUUCCAUGGGGUUCGUCUCUUUGGCAUCAACAAAUACUGAGGGAUGGCGCUGGGGAUAACACUGGACCAAAGGGCUGUAACAUCUUUUCCUUCUCCAUAUUGUCUUCUGUGUCUUGAAAGCCCGAGAACUAUAUAACCUUUCCCAAACUCCCAGGAAGAUAACAGAUUGGAAAAUGGGGCUCCCUGGGCCCAGCCCUGCUAAAAGCAGAUUUCUUUGAAUCAGGAAAGGUGGAAAAGAUAAGGGCCAAAUCACUCUCCCUCACAGCAGGAAGCCAUGUUUGAGCAGUUUGGUGAUUAAGUUUUUCCAGAUAUUCCACCUGCACCACCUUCAGGCUCUGUUUUGCUGUGUAUUUUCCUUAUAAUAAAG